GUCUGAAAACGAGAGGAAAGAGGAAGAGAGAGAGCUGGGUGCUUUUCGGGCUGGGAGCGGCUUCGGGCUUUCUUAGCCCAGUCUGCUACCAUAGAAGGAUAUGUUUGAAGGGUAUAUUUCGGCUGUGAAGGCCAAAAAACCCACUCCAGUAACUUGUCUUUCUGAUGUAUACAUCCAAAAGGUAUCAGUACCAUAUUUGUUUCAUAAAAGGAGUUUGAAUUGGUUUCCUGUGUACUUUAUUUUAUGCACUGAAAAACGUGCUUCUGGGAAGGAGUCUUUACCAGAUGGCCCAAGGGGUCCAGGACACAAAAAAGAUAAAGAGCCUCUUUUCCAAGAGACUGGGGGCUCCCAGAAGGCACUGAGUUUACCUCCUCCUCAGCAUCCCACCCAAAUUUCACAGAACCCAACACAUGGUCCAGAUCUAAAAAGCAUCCUUGCCCUCAGGGAAGUGCUUUGGGCAGGACAGCUUGUGCCUGGGCACCCAGACAUGAAGAACCUUCAACAGGCCUGCUCCCUGCUGGUGGUUCAAUGGCCUUUCUGCCGUACUGUGCUGUGGAGUCAGGGGGCACACUGGGAGGCCUUGGAGGACCCAGAGCCUUCAGGGGAGGAAACCUGCUGUAGUGGAAAGAGCAAGAGCACCUGGGUUCAAAGCCCGCCUCGGACAGUUACUACUUCGCUAACCUCAGGGGAUUUACCAGCCAGCAUCCCAGAGAUCUGUACCCUGCCCCAGUCCAUUGGCAGCUGCAGGGGUUCUUUUCCUCGAUACUACUACAACAAGUUUGCCCGCCGUUGUGAGCGAUUCCUUUAUGGGGGCUGUGGAGGCAACCGGAACAACUUCAUAUUUGUGGAACAAUGUCAAUUGGCCUGUCGGGAAAACAAAUGAGCAACAAACGACAUGUGCCCCAACCCAGGCUCCCUGUGUUCCUGGUCCUGUGUCUGAAGUUCCUGUCUUGCUCUUUUCCAAUAAAG